AUGGAUUUACGGAAGAUUUUGGAUACAACUCCUGAACCACCAAUCAUUGAACCUGAUAUUCCAAAUAUCAAUUAUUCUGGAGAUUAUCAAUUACCUACACCAAUGUAUGAUUUUCAAAAAGAAUUAACAGAUCAAAUCAUAUCAUUACAUUAUCCUGAUAUUUUGAAAUAUUGUGAAUUAAAUGAUCGACGAAAUAUUAUUGUUAAAUCAUUAGAUAUUUGUCUUGAAAAUUGUCAAUUAGUUAGUAAUCAUCCUUAUUUAUUAAUUGAUCAUUAUAUGCCGAAAAAUUUAACUUUUAAACAAUUACCGGAUAAAUUAGCUGAAACUAGUGGGAAAUUUAAUGUUUUCAAAGAUUUAAUUAAUGUUUUAAUCAAUGAAGAAAAUAAUUAUCUGGUUAAUAUUGGAGUUGUUAUUAAUAAUAAAAAAAAUUUAUUUGAUUUAAUUGAUGCUAUAUUAUUAGGAUGUUCUAGAACAAAUAAUAAUAAUGUAACGGUGAUACGAUAUUCUGGUAAUAAUGUUUUACGAGAAUCUAAAAAGAAAGCUCAAAAUAAAACUACAACAACUGCUACCACUACUAGUAACACCAAAAAGACUAAGAAGAAAGCUGCUACUACUACUACAAACAAUCAAAAGAAUUCUACAACGGAGGAAAUUGAAAAAAAGACAUCAACGAUUCAUUUAAUUCCUCAUGAUGGGAAAAUAAGUAAAGGUAAACCAAAUUUAGAAGAAGUUAAAUUUGAUUUACUAAUAGUUUUCGAUGGUUCAGUUGAUACAGAAAGUGAUUUUUUCAAAUCAUUAAGAAUUCAAAAUCGGAUUGUAAAACUGAAUCGAGGUCGUCCUCCGACUCGUGGUCAUCCUCCGACUCGUGGUAGACCUCCGACUCGUGGUAGACCUCCGACUCGUGGUCGGCCUCUGACUCGUGGUAGACCUCUGACUCGUGGUCGGCCUCCUCUUAAUAGAAAUUCCAGUAGUAGUACCACGACCACCACGACCGCCACCACGACCGCCACCACGACCGCCACCACGACCGCCACCACGAAGACAAAUUUACCACCAUGUGCUAUUAUUAGAUUAGUACCAACAAGAACUAUUGAACAUGUGAAACUUUAUUAUGAACAAGAUAAAGAUCAACCUGAUUAUUUAUAUAAAGUGAUUUCAUCAAUUGUUUGUUUACGAGAUUCUAUUGGAGAAUUAGCACCAGAUAUUUAUCCAAUUUAUCAUCAAAAAUUGACUUAUUUUUCCGAUAGAUUCUUUGAUAAAUUGUUUCAACCACCAUCUACCACCAACACCACCACCAACACCACCAACACCACAAAAAAGAGAGGUAAGCAGAAGAAAGAAGAUAAACUCAAAUACCCUGGAUGGCCAUUACCUGAUUUACCCAAGAUUGGUAAAUUUACUAUUCAAGAUGUUGAACGAUCAUUAUUAACUGAAGCUCGAUUUCAUUAUACUCCAUAUGAUUCUAAUCCUAAUUAUUUAAAUAAUGAUAAUUCAUCAAGAGAUAAAAAAGAUGAAAUAAAACCAACGUAUUAUGAACUGAAAAGAUUAAAACUGGAAUAUAUUACUAAUCCAUUGAAAAAUUCUUAUGAUAUGUUAACUGGGAUUUCUAGAGGAACCAAUCAUGAGCCCAAAAUUUUAACUCAUAAAUUGAUAUUACAAUUAAAUGAGGCAUUUAUGAAAUGGGAUCUAUUGAAGAAAGAAGUUGAUUCAUAUAAUAGGUUUCAUAAUGAUGAAUGGCAAAAUAAUAAAGUUGGUAGACGAGAUCAUAUAUUGAAAUCAACUAUGGAAGGAAUUGAAAAUGAUGUAAAACAAUGUCAAUUUCGAAUUGAUUGUACUAAUAAAUCCAUAAUUAAUAAAUCCCAUGAAUUAGAAGAAAUUAAAUCAGAAAUUAAACAAAAACAAUUACAAUUAGAAAAUUUUAAAUCCAGCAACAGCGAGAGUACCACCACCACCACCGCCGCCCCCAGCACUGGUACUAGAAAGGAGAAGAAAUCCCAAAGAAAGAAACUUAAUAAACCUGAACAAGAAUGUGAACGAAAACAACAAUUUAUUAAUAAUCAAUUUAAAAUAUGGGAAUUACAAGAACAAAUGAAUGAUUAUAUUAAUAAAAUUGAAUUAAAAAAUAAUGAAAAUGAAUUUGCUUUACAAGAAUAUAAAAAUAGUUUAAAAUCAAUUGAUGAAUCAACUAAAGAAAUUGAAAUUAUAACUAAUCAAUAUAAUAAGAAUAAACGGAAAUUUGAUGAAUUAAUGGAAAAUCAAGUACCAUUUGAUAAUAAACAAUUUAAAAUUAAAAAAAGGAAAUUGUUGAAUAGAAUUAAACAUCAAUCAAUAAUUAAUGAAUCAUUAAAAUUUAAGUUAAAUAAUUCAUUUAGAUUUUUAAAUGAUACUAAACAUUUGAAAAAGAGGAAAGGUCGAGGAGGAAUAACUGGCAAAUAA